GUUAUGCUAGGUUUUGGAAUAUUCAUAUGCUGUUUUCUUCCAAAGGAAUGCAUAGAUAUCAAUUGAAAGAUAAGUGUUGUGAAUUGAAACAAACGCAAUAUACAGACAAAAUGACAAAAUAUUGAUCAGUGUGAACAGCAAGACAGACUGAGUGGCCAUGUCAACUGUGACAAAAAUUCUGUGGUCACCCACCCAAAAGGACCAGUAUCUCACAUACGGGUCAAUGGUCAAUUUAUACAAAGUCAUACGGUGUGAUGAUAGUGAUGCUUUCAAGGGAAUUCAAGCAACAAGACUUUCUGAUAACACCUAUGGUAUCCACGUAGCUGUCAAUUCAGGAAUACAAUAUCUAAAGACUGUUGCAUGGUAUCCUGGCAGAGAUGAGCAGGACAAUCUAAUAGCUGUAGGACAGCCCAAUGGCAAGAUCAUUCUCACAAGUUUUGGACAACCAGGUGGCAGUGAUCUGGUGGGAAAAGAAUUCAGUCCAAAACAUACUAGGUCGUGUGUAUACUUGGCAUGGAAUCCAUUGGACACCAAUUUGAUAGCAGAAGGUCUUGAAAAGUACCGAAGUGACCCCUGCAUCCUUAUUUGGGAUAUCCACUCAAAGCCAAGCAGUGAAAUGACAUCAACUUUGGAGCGACAACGUUACAGUUCCUCUUUAAGUGAAUCCAGUGUUAUCACCAAGCCUAUUUCAGAAUUGGGAGCUGGUGACACUACAGGAUCCCUCGCCUGGUCCCACAAAGACUCCAAUACAUUUGCAGUAGGGUUGGGCUCUAAGUACAUCAAGAUCUUUGAUUUGAGAGAGACGAGUAGACAGCACAUGACCACCAACACUAAAAGUGUGUAUGGUAUCUGUAUGGACCCACAGAAUCACUUCAGAUUAGCCUCCUUCCAUGAGAAUCAGGUAUCAGUUUGGGAUAUAAGAAAUUUUGAUAAACCUAUAAUGACAUUUCCAGAAACAAAAGCUGUUGUCCAAAUUGGUUGGUGUCCAACUAGAAUGGGAUUCUUAGCAGUGUUAACAAAAGAGACAUCAGCUGUAAAGCUGUAUGAUAUUCGUCAUAUACCAGUGGGUGCUGAUGAGUUGGAUCCUGCUAUUAUAGAGAGGAAUAUUCAGUGUCUUCCCAAUCAAUGCACCGCUUUUUCCUGGCACCCAAUGGAAGAAAAUCGUAUGUUGACCAUAUCACAAACUGGGGCAGUCAAGGACAUUACUGUACACGAAAGAAUCCCAGUGAUGUGGUCCUCACAGUUUCACCUCUCCUGGGCAUGUGGGAGAAGGAUGGUGGAUGUUGUUUCAUCAAAAGAAAGUGAUACGAUAGACAUAUCAGAAAGAAUUCAACAACGAGUCAGGAAAGGAUACGGUACACAGACAAUGAAUGUAGAGCACAAUGCCCAUGUAGUGAACGAAGAACCAAACUUAAGGGGGAUGUGGAGAUGGUUGUCUUUAACCAGACAGUUAGUUGAUGAGAGCAGGAAAUCACAAACGAAGAUGAACAUGUCCCGAUGUACAGGAAUCAAAAGUCUCCUACGACAGGACAAUGAUAGCAGUAACAACGUAAUUUACUGUCCCUGGCAGGAAGUAGACGGCAACAUUCUGAAUAACCUUAGGAAGAUGAGGAUGUACACUAGUGAGGAAAGGACAAGAGCAAUACGUUUGUGUGGAUGGAGAAACCAGGAGAUGGUGGACCUGUUUCUUGAGGAACUUGAAACACAAACAGAAUACACCAAGGCUGCUGCCGUAGCUCUGUUCAACCUGAAGAUGGGCAAGUCCAUACAGAUUCUAAGUAGGACUGCUGCAAAGCAAGGUUAUGAAAACUUAAGUGCAGUUGCCAUGGCAAUAGCUGGGUACACUGAGGAACAACAGACAAUGUGGCGUCGUACUUGUGGAUCCCUACUGCAAACUGUCCAUGAUCCAUAUCUUCGGGCAAUGUUCUGCUUUCUUGCCAGUGACAAAGAAAACUAUGAUGAAAUUUUGGCAGAUGAUAACUGUAUGACCGUUGCUGACCGACUGGCUUUUGCCUGUAUAUACCUAUCAGAUCAAAAGUUAAAGGAAUAUGUGGACAGUCUUAGCUGUCGUAUGAAGGACCAGGGAUGUUUGGAUGGCCUACUUCUUACUGGACUGACGUUGGAGGGGGUAGAACUCCUACAGAACUAUGUUGAUAGGACAGGUGAUAUACAGACCGCUGCCCUUGCUGCUGUCUACACAUUUCCUUGUGAGAUGUCAAACAAUGACAAAGUUAUCACAUGGAUCGAAAGCUACAGAGAACUUCUGGACAGGUGGAAACUCUGGCAUGAAAGAGCUGAGUUUGACAUCAUUCGCCACUCAAGUGAUAGUCACAGUUCAUUGCGACACAAUCGACCACAGGCGUAUGUCAGCUGUAACUUUUGUGGGAAGUCAAUAGCGUGUAAUACGCAGGCUCCAUUCCGUCUCAUGUCACGUUCAAUGAUGUCCAUGUCUGCCAACAAGCCAAAGAUAAGUUGCUGCCCAGGCUGUAGGAAGCCCCUACCUAGGUGUGCAGUGUGUCUGACAAACCUUGGGACUCCCUCAGGAUCUACACUGUGUCAACAGACAGAGCAUAAAGAUUUAGAAAACAAGCUGACUCCACUAGAUGAUUGGUUUACAUGGUGUCAGACAUGUCGCCAUGGUGGUCAUGCUUCACACAUCACCUCUUGGUUCAAAGAUCACCCACAAUGCCCUGUAACAGGAUGUGACUGCAAAUGUGCAACCUUAGAUCACAUUGGACGACUGAAAUCUACUUCAUCACUAGUGCCUGCUGGGAAGGCUUGAUCUUACAUCUAAAACUCCUUUCCUGAGUAUUAUAUUAGACUACUUGUGCAAUACAGGAUUCCACUUCUUAUUGAACUUUAUACUUUGAAGUUAUUCUGCAUAAUCCAUCAAUAGGAAAGUCAAGCUAGUAACAAGUUAUGCAGUGAUCAUUUUGCAGCAAUAUUGUGAUAUGUGAAAUAUUUCAGCAAUAUGGAGGACUCGUUCAGAGAAAAUGUGUGGCAGAAAAUGUGAAACAAAGUGAGGUUGUAUUGAAAACUCUAGGCAGUGGAGUUAUAUUGUACAGUCAGCUUUUAUUCUGCAAAUGAUAAGAGUCCUUACCUUAGUUCUUUGUCUAAGUUACCAUCAUCUUUAGUGGAAACAGCAGUUAUCAUGAAACUGCUCUACAUACCAUUGUUGUUCUAGAUAAGACUCCUACCUUUGUAAUCAACUUAUUUGUCUUUUUAACUUUUUCCCCCUUGCCCUGAAUUCUGGAUUCAGAUGUUCAUUCUCUUAUACCCUUCUUGUAAUCUGGUACACAACAUCACAAAAUACUCAAAUCUGCACUAAUAUGUAUAUAACUGCUUGAUGAUAAUCAAAGCCUUUCAGGGGAAGUAACACUUUAAAUGGUGCACAAAAGCAUUAUUUAUCUCUAUUAAGUGAGUAAAUGAAAGAUAACUUAAUGGUGAAAAAUUUCUCUUUCAAACAUUGGCACAAGGCAUUUACUCUUCCUUAAAUUUCUUACCCUGUUGGCUUUCAGAGUUGACUGAAAAACAGCUUCCUAUGUUUGUCCAAAUGUUAUCUGUCUGAUAGGUUGACUUCAUUGUGUUAACAUAUCAAGUAUAUACAAUGUCAUUGAUAGUUCAUACUGGCAGUUUGUUUAUAGGAUCUUUGUGAUAUACUUUAAAAAAUACUCAUCAAUCUGUCUUACAAGAGGAAAACAUUUCCUUUGCAGUAAUUGAGAAUUAUUCCUGUAAUAUGGUGUAAAGGGGAAGUUGGGAUGAAAUAUAUCAUGAAAUAUUGUUAAAUUUAUACAAGUAAAGUAAUUAUUUGUAGGUGUUGCCUCCCUUUGAUCAUGAUCACAUUUAUCUUAACUGGUUAGUUAUUUCUAUUCUUUGACCACAUAUCCAUUCAUAUUCAUAUAUCAUAAACUUAUGUGCAGAAAUUAUGAACCGAUAAGAGAACAGUAUUGACAGGUCAUACCAAUAUGUGCAGAUGUUGCUCAUUUUUGAACUUCUCCUUUGGCUUUGUGUAGUAGAAAUAGUAAGCAGGUUUCAUCAAAAUCUAGUAUUUUACAAAAACACUGAUAUGAAUGUAUAGAUAAUGUAAUGUACAUUGCAGAUUUCACUCAGAUUAGUCUUGGCAUUGAUAUCAAAGUGCAAGUUAGCUGUUUUAGUUCUAUACUUAAAAUAAUACUGGCGGAUUCAGGCCAUUGUACCUACAUAUACACUUUUGUAGUUAAAUAUGUGCUGUGUUACACUUUUGUGCAAUACAAAUUUGACUUCUUUUGCAAGUCUACUGUAAAUUAUUUAAUUUAUUUUAGACAUGGAGAGACAUUUUUAACUAUCACAGUGCAUAAAUCUGCACUACAGCCCAAAAUGACCUGUAGGCUUUAGUUUACUUUCUACAACAAAAGAAGUCAUCGGUGAACAUUACAAAGUGUAACACGGUACAUAUUUAACCUAAAAAGUAUAGAAAUACAAUAUGUGUACCCAAGCUCUAAUCAACCUUUACUAUUUGUAAGAGUUUAAAAAUCUCUGACUGAUAUGGACCUUAAUGCAUUUGUAUACUUUAGAUACAGGACUGUCAACCUGGAAAAAAUCUCAGAUAAACAAAAGGAUUUAAUAAGACUGAAAUAAAGAGAUUGUGAGUAGUUACCUGGAUCAUUUAUACAGUAAUGUAAUGUAGAUACCUCUCUAGGAUUAUUGCACAUUUAACUUAAUCAGGAUGUUGAUGACAAAAAACCAGAAGUCAGUGUGACAGAAGAAACAUUACUUUAUAAUUAAUUCUCCACUGUGAGUUUACAGUACAGAUAGACCAUCUGAUGUUGAACUCUUCUAAGGCAAGCAAAAUGUGUUUACAAUAUAUUGAUGGAUGUGAGGUGGUAUGAAUGUUUAAUGUCAUAAUCUUUUGUAUACUUAGUGUUUAUACAUGUUAUCAAUGAAAUUAUAAUGACGUAAUUUUAAACAUGAUUGUAAAUUUAUCAGAAUAAUAGCUAUGAUAAGAUGCUUUUCACUUGCACCCUGUAAAAUUUAAACCAAUGAAAACAAACAAGAUACAUUUUAUCUUAUCAACCAAUCAGAAUGCUAUGAAACUUGAUUUUCUGCAUCAUCCAAUAUGUGUGAUGUUAAGUAAGCCUUGUGUCCUUAACAUCCCAGCCCAAUAUGGGAUAUUAACUUUGAUUUCCUGUUUUCUAAGUGCUACGUGUGUGAUGAACUUUUUGAUGUUGAUAGAAAUGUUUUUAAUGGUUUCAUAUCUAAUGUCCUCAAGUUGCCACUCUAGAUUGUACAAUUUUAAAAACUGAAUUAUUCUUUGUCAUAUUCAAGACUUGUAGAUGUGUUCAACAGGAUACCAUCCUCAAAGUAUGCAAAUUAACAACUGAAGUGCUUUAUGAAUGUGAAAUUUAUCUCUUUGUGUGAUUGGCUUAUCUCUUGUGUGAUUGGCUUUGGUAGUAUGCAAGUAAUGCCCAAAUGCUAAGCAAAUGUGAUCACCCAACAAAUUGUUACUUGACCUGUGAUAUUGGUUUAUAUGUCACUGUGUGAUCGAUACCAUAUGUAUUUGCUGUGUAAUGUAUGUGAAUGUCUGUAUUAAAAGCAAAGGAACUGUU